AUGGAUUUGGGUCAAGUUCAAAAAUUAAUUGAUGAAAUAGUUGAUACCAAGCUACAAGUCCUUUAUAGGAUAAUACAAACACAAAGGCAAUUAUUAGAAAGCCUAAUAUCGAAAUUAGAAAGCCUGCCUAUAUCUUUCAGCCAGAUAACGAUAGACCCAAACAAUGAAAACACAUGCACCAAUGUUAAUUCUUUUAAUACGCCAAUAAAAACCCCACUCAUAAGUCCAGAAAAAUUAGAAAUUUAUGAAGAAGUUGUAAAGAAAACGAUAGAAAGCAAGAAAAAAAGAGUUGAAGAUAUUAAAAAAAAGAAAGGAGAAGACGAAGAAAAGAAAAAAAUGAUGAUAGCCAAGAUGAAAGAAGAUGAGAUUAAAAAAAGACUUGAAGACACAAAGAAAAAAGAAGAAAUUAAGAGAAGGCUAGAAAUUGAAAAAGAAAGGAAAAAACAAGAAGAAAUUGAAAGGAAAAAAAAGGCAGAAGAAGAAAAAAUUAAAAAAUUCAACGAAUAUCGAGUAAAAUUUGAGGAAGAAGAAGCUAAGAAAAAAAUAGAAAAUGCAAAAAAAGUAGAAGCAUUAAAGGAAAAAUUGGCAGAGGAGAAGAAAAAGGAAAAAAGUAAGAAAAUGCUGCCAAAGACAAAAAGCGAAAAAAAUCUAAAUGAAGAGAUCGAAAAUGUCAAGCAAGCUACAAGUGAAGAAGACAGUGGGAAUAAAAUAGAGGAAGAAAAAAUAAUAGAAAAAGAGCCUGAAAUUGAAGAAAUUCAGAAAGAAAAACCAGUUUCAAACGAAAAAGGCAUUAAUCCAUUGCUUAUGACUUAUUCACUUCAUGAAUUAAACUCGAAAAUAGAUGAACUGCUAUCAGCUCAUAAAAUUGAGGAUCUAAAUUCACAAAUUGAAUAUGCCCCGUCAAUUGGCGUAAAAAGUGUAUUAAAUGUAAUUACAACGCUGCCGGAUGAAAAAUUUUAUCUUGAUAUAAUACCUGAAAAUGAUAUAAUUUGAAUAUUCCGAGUCUUUUUCCAGUUUUUAGGACAAACCUUACCAGAAAACCCAGAAGAAGCUUGGGAAAUAUGCAAAGUUCUGUUUCAGAUCCUUCGGGCUAAAUCUACUCACAAGCAAGCAAUCUCAGACUUGAUCUCACGAUUCAAUUUUUCAAAUGAAAAUUUAGACAGCAUUGAAAUCCUCAUUUCAGGCCACCAAAAUAUGAUUAACCCUCAAUUUUUCUCACAAAGUCCUUUAGCUAGCUUAAUGGUCUUUUUCCUAACUCCCCCUCCGAUGUGAACAAUUUUUUUUAAUAUAAAUAAUUUUUGAGAAAAAAAAUGUUUCGUUGCACAAGUGAAAAUUAUUAAAUAAAAUUUCCUGUUGAAUUUUAAGCCGAUUGCAUUUUAAAACAUAAAUUUUGCAAAUAAAUAAAUUUUUACUUCAUAAUUUUUUUAGUUGGUAUUUUUUUAAUUUUAAAGAAAAUUAUUAUAAAAUUUAUAGGAAUUGUCUUUAAAUUGCACGAUAAAUGUUUAAGGAUAUAAAGCUCUUCUCUGCAGUUGGUCUAUUAAGCUAAGGUCGGCAAUUGAAUCACAAAAGGCUCACUUGCAAGCUCUCCAAUUGGUUUGAUCAGCCUGAGUUGGCCAUACCAACUCGAGAUAGGAGCUCUCCAUCCUUAAACCCUUAUUGGUAAUUUAAAAGAAAUUAUUAUAUAUAAUUUUUUUUAAAAAAAAAUUACCUCGUCUCCGUGAGCGGACAAAUUCUUUUUGUUCGCUAUCGGAGGGGGUAGGUAGUAAAAGAAAUCUUAGUUUUCAAUGGUCUUAUGGAAGCAAAAACUUCCCCUCCACCAAAAAUCUAUCAAAGGCUGAUUUAUAAGCGAGCACAAUUUAGUUAA